GGUAUAGUUAUGUUUUUAUCCAAACUUCUGUUGUUGUUUCUUAGUUCGACUUGGGGCAUAACAGUCUGAACUACUCCUCGGCAAAAUCUACAAAACCAAAUUCUAUAAAUCCGAUUCAGGUCGGGUACGGGUUUGAUUUCCAUCCUUCCCUCCGUCAGUUUGAAUACUCCGGCAAUGUUUUCUCGAUUCCUCCACAGGAUCCGAAGUUCAAAAACCCCAAUCACGUCUCUCAAUUCAAUCAAACCUUUCACCUCGCUAAACCCUAAACCCCCAACCCGAGUCGCCGUCUUCUGGGACCUAGACAACAAACCACCCGCCUCCCACCCUCCCCACGACGCCGCCGUAAAGCUCCGAACCGCCGCGUCAUCCUUCGGCUCCGUGAAACUAAUGGUGGCCUACGCGAACCGCCACGCCUUCAGCUACGUCCCCGCGCAAGUCCGAGAGGAGAGGAAAGAUCGUAAACUCCUUAACCAACUGGAGAACACCGGUUUAGCUAAACCGGCCGAGCCGUACUUCUGCGGCGUCUGCGACCGGAGAUUCUACGCCAACGAGAAGCUCAUCGCUCAUUUCCGCCAGAUCCACGAGACGGAGAAUCAGAAGCGCGUGAGGCAGAUCGAGGCUGCUAAGGGGCAUCAGAGAGUGAGGCUUGUGGCCAAGUACUCGAUGAAGAUGGAGAAGUACAAACGAGCUGCGAGGAACGUUUUGACUCCUAAGGAAGGUUACGGUUUAGCUGAUGAGCUGAAGCGUGGCGGGUUUUGGGUUAAGAUGGUGAGUGAUAAGCCCGAGGCGGCGGAUAGAGCGUUGAAGGAGCAUAUGGUUGAUGUGAUGGAUAGGAGGGAGGCUGAGUGUUUGGUUCUCGUGUCUGAUGACUCUGGUUUCGCUGAGGUUUUGUGGGAGGCGAAGGAGAGGUGUUUGAGGACGGUGGUGAUUGGGGAUUUGAGUGAAGGGAAGCUGAAGAGGGUGGCUGACGUGGCGUAUUCGUGGAAGGAGGUUGUGAUGGGGAAGGCGAAGAAAGAAGUUGAGAAGGUUGUUGGGAAGUGGAGGGAUGGAGAUGUGUUGAAGAAGUUGGAGUGGAGUUAUGAUCCUGUUUUGGAGAAGGAGAGAGGUUUUUGUUGCGGGGAUUGGGAUUAUGGGUUUGAUUCUGAUGGUGAUGAUGAUGAGGUUGAGAAUGGAGCUGAGAUGGGAGAUGGUGGUGAUUGGUGGGAGAUGGAUGAUGAAGAUGGUGCUGGAUCUUCGAGACCCUGUCGAUGAACCUCCAUAGCAUUGGUUGUACAGAUCGAGGAUAAAUCAGUACGAUCUUGUGAAGCUAUUGUCGUAUUACAUGGUUGGCAGUAGCAAAAGAGAAGAAAGAAGAAAACUGAGUGGGAGAGAUUGAAAAUUCUUCACUCUAGUAAGCUCUCUUUGAAAGUUUAUGUUCUUCAUUCAUUGUCUCUAGUUGUCUGAGAUUCUAUAGGCAGCGAUUCAAUUUGUUUUUCCAAACCAUCAAAUGGUUAGUCAGGAUAGAGAACAGGAUACGGUGCAUAGAAAGUUUUGGAUUUACAGAAUAGAUUGAAUUA